UGAAUGGGGUCAGCAGCCUCUCCCUCCCAAAAUUACUGCCAUUAACUGUUUAGCACUGUGGCCAUACAAGUUGUUGAAUAGUGACAACCAUAUUAGAUUAUAUGAAAGCCAUGUAAGGAAUUUCCUUUCUAUCCAGUGCAGCUCUGUGCUCUGAAUCCUCUGCAGUCUGCAUCAGCAAAGUGUCUUGGCACCACUUCUCGUCCUUCCUUUGGUGUCCAUUCCGGCGUCAUGUGAAAGGGGUUCACGGUGGUUUAUCUCGCCCUAGACCGGACCCUCCCCCGUCGAGCUCAUCCGUCAGUGCCGACGUCUCAGCCACGGUUGUACCGGUGGGGUAGUGUCCCUGUCCCUGCUGUCCCCGGUUCAUCCCGCAUCUCGGCGUGCGGCAGAGCGGAGGAUGAGCGAGCAAGGGAAGGGCAGCUCGGCAUCUGCCUCUGCCGCGGCCCCGGCACCGGGGUCGGAUACUUACAAAGGAUGGCUUUUUAAAUGGACCAACUAUUUGAAAGGGUACCAGCGAAGAUGGUUUGUCCUCAGCAACGGCCUGCUUUCAUAUUACAGGACGCAGGCAGAGAUGGCCCAUACGUGCCGUGGAACAAUCAACUUGGCCACGGCACACAUCGACACAGAGGACGCCUGCAAUAUUGUCCUGAGCAGUGGCGGCCGCACAUACCACCUGAAGGCUAGCACAGAAGUGGAGCGGCAGAGAUGGGUCACUGCACUGGAGUUGGCCAAAGCUAAAGCCAUUCGCAUGAUGAACGAUCAGUCUGAUGACUCGGGGGACGAGGAGCCUACAUCCCAGUCGGACCGCAGUGAGAUUCAGGGCACCCUGAAGAUACUUGUUAGCAAGCUUGAUGACCUCAGCACAUGUAAUGACUUGAUCGCCAAGCACGGGGCUGCCCUGCAGCGUUCCCUGAGUGAACUCGAGGGUCUGAAAGUGCCUGUGGAAGGAGGGGAGAAGAUCAAGGCAGUCAAUGAGCGAGCCACCCUCUUCCGCAUCACUUCCAAUGCUAUGAUCAAUGCCUGUCGAGACUUCUUGGACCUAGCAGAAACUCAAAGUCGGAGAUGGCAGCGGGCGCUGCAGUAUGAGCGAGAGCAGCGUACCCACCUAGAGGAGACCAUUGAGCAGCUAGCCAAGCAGCAUAACAGCCUGGAGCGAGCGUGGAGAGAAGCACCCACGCUUGUUUCCACCACACCCAGUGCCCCUACCGCCAACAAGGGAGGGAGUGAGAGGCUGCACAAAGAAGAGGCGAGUGAUGAAGAUGAGGAUACGGAGUACUUUGAUGCCAUGGAGGAUUCCCCUGCAUUCAUCACAGUGACUGCCACUGAGAACACACAGCACAGGCGAUCUCAGAGUAAUUUGAGCGGAGCGAGCGGAGGUCAGCCCAAUGACUGGAACCAGGACGACCAUAUGUCUCCAAGCUGUAAUGAUGUGUCAGGGAAGGAGCUGCAGCCCUGCAGAAAGAGACGGACUCAUGUCCCAGACAAGCCCAACUACUCCCUCAAUUUGUGGAGCAUCAUGAAGAACUGCAUCGGCAAGGAGCUCUCCAAAAUCCCCAUGCCUGUGAACUUCAACGAGCCUCUGUCGAUGCUGCAGCGUCUCACCGAGGACCUGGAAUAUCACGAGCUUCUGGACAAGGCGGCGCGCUGCGACUCCUCCCUGGAGCAGAUGUGCCUGGUCGCUGCCUUCUCCGUCUCGUCCUACUCUACCACGGUCCACCGGACAGCCAAGCCCUUCAAUCCCCUCCUGGGCGAGACCUACGAGCUCGAUCGACGGGAGGAGUUCGGCUACCGCUCGCUGUGUGAGCAGGUGAGCCAUCACCCCCCUGCAGCUGCACAUCAUGUGAUUUCCCAACGAGGCUGGACCCUGUGGCAGGAAAUCACCAUCGCCAGCAAGUUCCGUGGCAAAUACCUCUCCAUAAUGCCUCUGGGUGCCAUUCACCUGCACUUCCACUCCAGCGGGAACCACUACGUGUGGAGAAAGGUCACCUCCACGGUGCACAACAUCAUUGUGGGCAAGCUGUGGAUUGACCAGUCGGGGGACAUUGAGAUUGUGAAUCACAGGACGAAGGAGACCUGUCAACUCAAGUUCUCUCCAUACAGUUAUUUCUCAAGGGACGUUCCACGGAAGGUUUCGGGCGUGGUUGCAGACAGUGGGGGCCAGGCUCACUAUAUCCUCUCUGGUACGUGGGAUGAUAAAAUUGAGAGUGCCAAGAUCCUUCAGAGCAGCCGAGGGGGCAGUGGCUCAGAAGGCAAGCAGAAGACAGUCUACCAGACGCUGUCCCCCAAACUGCUGUGGAAGAAAUACCCUCUACCGGAGAAUGCUGAGAACAUGUACUACUUCUCAGCGCUGGCGCUGACCCUGAACGAGCAUGAGGACGGAGUGGGAGUAACCGACAGCCGUCUGAGACCUGACCAGAAGCUGAUGGAGGAAGGGCGAUGGGAUGAAGCAAACUCAGAAAAACAGAGGCUAGAGGAGAAACAAAGAGCCGUGAGGAGGAGGAGGGAAGCGGAGGCCUCAGAUGCUCUGGAUGAAGGGAAAGAAUACGAAGGCUACCAGCCGUUGUGGUUCCACCAGAGGAGGAACUCAGUCACGGGAGAGACAAACUUUGUGUACAAGGGAGGUUACUGGGAGGCGAAGGAAAGACAAGACUGGAGCAUGUGUCCUAACAUCUUCUAACCCAGGAACUCAACCCGGAUCACUCCUAACCUCAUCGGACAGGGAACUGUUCUGCCUCUGGUCCUUCAGCAAUGGGGCGUAGCUGGCUUAUGAGCACCAUGUGGACCUUUUAGUGAGAAUGUGUAUGAUUCACAAACUCUCGGAUUACCUCCUAAUGUACACUCUCUCUCUCUGUUUUUGGGGGAAAAGCAGGGGUGUUCCCUGAAUCCUACACUAUACAGAAAGAUAGAUAAUGUGUGGAUGUGAGGUGGUGUUAGAGUUGUAACACCACACAAUAAAGGCGCCUAUUCACUCUUGAAAUCAGGUGCUCCAUAACUCUUUCUCACAAUGCACUUUUCUGUGUUCACCCCAUUUAAGAGUUUUUAUCAAUUGGACAGAAACCCAUAUCACAGAAGCUCACAAAAAUAGGCUGACAACUAACAGGGACAAAAAUCAUAAACGGGCACAGAGAAACAGUGUUGAAUACACAUGUCAGUAUAUCAGGGGUUACAAAAAAAGUGUCCUCAUCCUUCGUUUUAUUCAGCACAAUUGAUAUUAUACCAGACUUAUUUUAUAAAUCUUAAAUUUGUUCUCUCUUUUUCCUCACAGGAAUGAUUUCAGGUGCUCAUUAUUUGCCCCUUUUAUUUGCUUAGGAAAGAGGCUCGGCCUGAAAAUGGUGUCUGAAAUGUUCUGUCUAUUAUGCAGACAAUAAGUGUUCAAAAUGUAUUAAAUAAAUGAGACAUUCUAAAAAAAAAACAUUGAUAUAAAUAAUUACAGACAAAAUAGGUGACCUAACCACGACCUUGUGAAAUAAUGCAAUAUAUUUUUUAUACUCAGCUCUUUAUAUCGUAUGACAUAUUUCAUGCUGCUUAUUUUCACAAUAUUUUGUGGCAAGUGAGAUUUAUUUAUUGUUAUUAUUAUUAUUAUUAUUAUUAUUAUUAUUAUUAUUAUUAUUAUUAUUAUUAUUAUUAUUAUUAUUAUUAUGCUAUUGUAUAAUUCCUUUUUAAAGUGGUGGUAAAACGAGAGAAACUGAGAAAAAGGACAUUUUAAAAUAAGAAUAAAUAAUAAAUAAAUACAAUAAUUCUGGAUCACAAUAAACUCUGUCAUCGUAAAAAUAAGCAGGAUAAAAUAAUAUAUAUAUAUAUAUUAUAAAUAAUAACGAGCUUUGUUUUAAAAGCUUAUUGGAUUACUUCACAAUUGUACGUUUAUUUAACAUAUUUUUUCUGUAUGUAUUAAUGUGAUUGUUUACUGCAUAAUGUCUUAUUUAUUUAUUUAAUUGUUAACACUUUGAGUCUCUAAAACCAACAGGUAACAUUUGAUUGGGCAAACCAUCUUUCUUACACAGAUGAGGCUGGUUUGUCUGAACUGAUUAAAUAUGCAGCAGUGCAGAAAUAUAUUUUGUCUGGUGUGAAUGUUGGAGUUUCCCUCCAGAAAUUGCAGUCUGUAAAGUAGUGAAGUAGACUAUAGUCCAUGUAGAGAUACUAUGGCUGCUUAUUCAUUUCAUCUUGUGAAUAUGAAUUGCCUCUAUGCUUCAAUGCAUUUUCGUCAUCUAAACAUGCUUCAGACAUCUUCCAUUUGUAAUUCUGAUUAGUAAAGUUCUGCAGUAGUGUGUCCUUUAGUUGUAACACGUUAAACAUUCAUAUCACUCUAAUGUCCAUCAAAGAACUGAAUAAGCACUUUCCACUGUGGUAGAUCAUAGAUCAGUACAUAUCUCUGUGUUGAUGUUGAGAACAAUUUCUCUCUGUACAUGUACUUCACCUUGUCCUCUGGUGCUCUCCCAUAGCAACACAUAUUGUAUCCUUGGUGACCAUUUUCAGUGACAUCAUUCUCAGUGGUCAUACAGAGUAUUAAAAGUCUGCACCAAAGCACUGAGACUUUCAGUGAUUAACACCCAGUGCAUAUAGGAACAAGUUGAUUUCUAUAGUGUGCAUUGCACCAGCUCCACAGCCUCCAUCAGUUUGUAGCUCAGACGUUUUCCAGGUGGACUACAGUAGGCUACGUGAUACUGGAGCGGCCUCUCUGUGGAGUCCAGAGUGGCUUCAGCUGACAGGAGGUCAAAGGUUAUAUAAGCAGGCAGGGCUGGUUCCUGUAGCACACCUCUGUGUAAUUAGCUCCAGCUACAGAUGACUCCCUGCAGCUGCCGCUCCAGACUCAACACAGCUCACAUGUGUAGUCCUUUCAUUCAGUGUUUAUGGACAUGCUGAUCUGGGAUCAGCUUACGAAGGUUCCCCUCAGUCUUUUGCUUUUAAUUGACUGAACAAGGGAAAGUGUCCCCUGACCUGUGCACUACACGUCUACGGAGACAAGAGUUUUGAAAACCAGUUGGUAAUUAUUUUCUAAUUAUUGUUAGGAAUGUAGAAUUCAAGGCUGGAGGUAUUGUAUCUACUGUUUAUUCUAUUUGUGUGAAUAUUUUGUGAUAAAAGAAUGAUAUUGUAAAAUGAAGAAUAAUUAUACUAAUCUGAGUAUUAAGUUAUCUCUACAGUACAGUCAAAAUCUGAAAACAAAUUGACUGAAGGAUUUGCUGUAAUUUUAACUUUUAAUCCAGAUUGAUGCUGCAAAGAUGGAUGUUAACUCUGAGACACCCUCAAUUUGGCUGCAGAUUUCUUGUUUUAUAUUUCCAAAAACUGUCUUAACACACUGAAAAUAUUUUUUAUAGAGUCCUUGAUACUAGCACAUUAGUAACCGUGGUUCAGUGAUUUCACAGAUUAACACAUCUGGCAGUUCCUCUGAUGUGCAGGCCAUAAAGAUGUAUUUAAAAUGCACUGAAUAAGAAAAAACAUUCACAAAGUAAAGGAGAUGUUCAGUAUGACAAGAUGAUCUGGUAAAAUGUAAAAAUGUGAGAUUUUCCAUGAAUUAAUGAUUUGAUAAUGAAAUGAAUGAUGAUUGAUUGUUUUUUUUUUUUGCACAAAAGAUGCUUCUUCUACCAUUUACAUAAAAGGUUUUCAUGCUUUUCUGUAGUUGUCAUGAGCACAGUUUGAUCAAUCACUAAAACUCUCGUCCAGAAUGACAUGCUUAAAGAAUAAUUCAACAUUUUUGGAAAUGAACUUGUUCACUUUUAUUUUACAAAAAAUCAACAAAUAAGCAUAUUUUCCAAAAUGUCUAACUAUUCCUUAAACUUCACUAAUUUACCGCUUUGGUUCCCCUCUUUAUCUAUUUCACAUAAACUCAAACAUCUAGUGUGUACAUAGAUACUAGCUAUCGAUAGAGGCUGUGUACACCUAAAAUCAUAUCAAAGGUGUCACGUUUAAGGAUGGAAACUGAUGCAGCAAGAUGUUUCAUUUUUGCUAGCUUGAAAAUUGUACAGUUAAUUCUGUAUGAUUACGCACAGUCAUGACAUCACUGCCGAAUGGCGGUGAACAAAUUGUACAAAUGGAGAGUUAGUCUGUGAUUUCCUUUCUCAGCGAUCGAUUUGAAGACUACUAGAGAUUUACCUAAAUAUAUUGUGUUUAGAUGACUUUAUAUUGGAGAAUAGGUUAUAUUUUGAAUGAUAACAGAGAGCUCAUCAUAGGUUUUAAUCAGUACAUUUCCAAUUAACGUGAUCUCAGUAUUGGAUGGGGACUUGCCGACUGAAGUUGCCCCAGCGAGGGCCUGUGCGGUAACGGGCAGCUGUAGCAAUAACGCAGUGAGGUGUAGCUGUGUUAGCUUAUGGCUGGUGUUGCAACAGUACAGUUGUCUGCCUCAAACGGAAAGGGAUAAAAACAACUAAAGUGUAUUUGGAGAGUGUACUGUAGAUUUAAAACAAACUCUUCAUCUGCCUUCCCUAUCUGGGAGCGUUCUCAUGUUAACCCCCUCUCAUUGUUACUCAUUUCAUCUCACUUAAUUCACUAAGGUGUGAUUUUUUAGCUUUAUUUUGUACGCUUUUCUUUUCUGAUUUCUACCUUCUCGUGGGUGCCAUUAUUCUUAUGUUGGUGUUUUCAUACUGUUUGUAUGCAUAAUGAGUCUGAUUUGCGUGCACAUGCGGCACACAUUUCCUUCUCAUUUGAUGCUGCUCAGUUUUGAGGCAGAAAUAAACUGAUGAAGAUGGGGAGAGUUUUUUUGCCUUGUCUAAACAGAUCCCUGUUUCUUCUCGGAUGGGGCUCACGGCUUUGUUGUGAGACGGUGAUGUUAAUAAUCUGAAAGAUGAUAAAAGUUAUGAGACGCAUCACAACAGAGGCCUGUUUCAGAAGGUCAAAGGUGAUUGACCUGCCUUGACUACUACUUUUACUCCCCAAAUACUCGUAGGUGUAUUCAGGUGUAACUGCGGAAUCAACUGAGGUUUUGCUUCUUUUUUUUUAAAUUGUGUAUUUUCUCCCUUAAUUUAUACUUGUAUAACAUUGUCUUUAAAUGACAAAGACACAAUAAUGAAAAAAUAAAAUAAUAAAGUUGUUAUUGUUGACACUG